AUGUUCAGCAUGCUACCACCCACACCCGCACACCACACCUUCAAUCUAAACCACACCUAUCAAUUCUCCCCCGUCGUCUCCUCGCCUCUCUCCUCGUCUCCUCUCCGCUCCUCGCCCACGCCUUCCCCGCUCAGUCCUAGAGAUGCGAAUGCGCAGGUCUACGAUUUCAAUUACCAUCCCAAUAAUACCACCGAGAAAAUAAUGACGUCUCCAACGCCCCUUUCAAAACCCAAUUCUUCGGCCUCGAAAACAAACUCGCGUACACAACACGUUCCUAACAUCAACCUCCCCUCGCCUCCGCCGUCGCGUGGGGAGAGAGAAAGAGAGAAGAAAGAGAGCGUCUUCGCGAAGCGGGCGAGUAAACCGAAUCCAUUACUCCAUGGAAGGAGAGAGGGUGAUGAAGGGAGGGAGACGAGGCGGAAGUUAUUUUUGAAGAGGGUUCGUGAUGGGGCGGAGGAGAAGAGGUGGAGGGAUAGAGGUGGUGAUGAGGAGAUUAUGAGGGUGCUGUGGAUGGGGGAGGAGAGGGAGAGGAGGAGGAGGGUGGAGGUGGCUAUUGCGAGGCAGGUUGGUGGGGAGGGUGUGCUUGAUGAGGAGGAUGUUGAUUUUGGUAUGUUUUUAUGCGCGAGUGAUGAUGGGGUGUGGCUAAUUGUGGAUAGAUGAGAUGAUGGCUGAGGAGGUUGCGAUGACUGAGGAGGCGGAGUUGGAGGCUAGAUUGGGGGAUGCGUUGCCGCAGAGUCAGGAGUCGAAUCGUGUCAAUGAGUGUCAAUCCUCGCAAGAAUUUCGAAUGGAUCAAGACCAGGAGACAAGCUUUGGAAGCGAUGACGACGAGUAUGAUCACAUUUUUAUGGAUGUCGCCAAGGCUGAGGAGGGAAACUCGAAUCAGCAAACACACGACCCUGCCUAUUUACAAUUUGACCAGGACCAUGAGAUGAUGGAUAUGAGCUGAUUCUCUGUCUCAGAUCAUUUAUCUUGAGUGGAUUGGAGCACGUCUUUUGUAAUUGUUCUGUAUUUAGCGAUGGAGUUUUGGGAACCGCAGCGUCUAUUAUAAUGCGCUUGCGAGGGAAUUGGUUGGCGUUUUGGGCAAGAUCACUGUGGUCACUAUACUUUUGAUCAUAGAGUACGGGAACAGAUGG